AAGUGGAAGUUAAAGUACUCUUUCGCUUUCAGUGUUUGGUAUCUUUUUUUUUCUCUCACGUGUUUCCGAAUCUCGUUGGAUGUUCUUAGCGUUUAAAGUUUAUCAACGUCAGUCAUACUAAAGAGAAAUUAUGUUUAGAAAGAUUUGAGCAGUCUAAUCUUUUGGAUCACCACAAAAUGAAGAUCUAGCGAACAGAAGUAACGAGUACUCUCAUGGUUUAACAACGCAAGAAAUGAUUACGGAGCCUCCUUUCACUGCUUCCAUUCUUGAGAAUCUUUUCAUUCUAAUUGUGACGUCGCUUCCAGUUAUGGGUUCUAAAAUUCAUUUGCCGCUUCGAAUCAACAUGCUUCACAUACCAACGCCUGUGGUAACAGGAGAUAACGUUCUGUUGCGCUGUGGCUAUGAGCUAGGCAAUGAAACCCUGUACGCCGUCAAGUGGUACAAGAAUAUGGGCGAGUUUUUCAGAUACGUUCCAGCUUCAGACCCACCUCUAAAAGUGUUCCCACAAGUCGGGAUUGAUGUUGAUAUGUCAAAAUCGGACAAAAGUACUGUAUAUUUGCGAAAUCUCAGCCUUGAAAGUUUUGGAAAUUACACAUGUCAAGUAUCUACAGAUAAACCCUUUUUCAGAUGUGUCCAAACUACGAAGCAGCUUGAAGUUGUUGUUCCUCCAUCAGACGGCCCGGUGUUGAUGGAAGAAAAAUCUGACUACGAGCUUGGAGACAACGUUUCAAUACUUUGUAACUCUGGAAAGUCUAAGCCAGCGCCAGAGCUGAAGUGGUACAUCAACGAUCAACUGGCCCAUUCCGAAUUAUCAGAUCAAGAAACAAUUGUUUAUCCUGACCAGCUAGAAAGUACAAGUUUAGCAUUGCGAUUUAGGCUGAAGCCAGAAGUUCUUCAUGAUGGAAAAGUGACUCUAAAGUGUGUUGCCACAAUUAAUCACAUGCAUGCAGUUACAAUCAAAGAAAUUAGAGCCGCUGGUUCCCAUCCGCAGAUGACAGAAUGGCUGCUUUGGAUAAUAAUCGCAAUAACAUUAUCCUAGAACAAGCGUCAUUAGCAUAUUAUUGAAUGAGAAAUGCCAAAAAAAGUUUUUGAAGUUUAAUAUGUAUUUAUAUAUUUGUUUAUAA